AUAGCCUACAUUUACAUUUUCUGUAUGCUAGUGUGACCUUAGACCUGUAGAUUGCAGUAAAGGUCUACUUUUGCUGUAGAUCCACUUCUACAGCACAAACCUCUCUGGACAAGUAGCCUACACAUUUGUCUCUAGUGAGAGAGAGUGUGUGUGUGGCAAAAAGAGACUGAAUAUUGCAAUACACUUUUAUGAUAACAGAUUAAUUCUGUAGCACAGCUAUAGAUUUUUUUAAAUGCCAAAUGUACCUGCAGCAUGCUACUGGCUACAGAUGCUUUUCUGAGUGACUUGUGUUGUGAGAGGAGAACCAGAAUUCAAACAAAAACUCCUGGAUUACAUGUAAUAAUAUUGUUAGAUAUUUUCAUUAACAUAUGGUAGCAAGUCAAGCUAUCUAGUUACAUACCUUACCUUCGACAUCAACAAGCGACAGACACACGGGCAUCUUUGCUCAGUAAUCUCCUCUCCCCAUCGGUUUCACUGGGAUGACAUCCGGUGGUGUGGCAUGGUAAAGCUUGCUCAAAGGGGAAAAUAACCAACCCGUACUGUCUUCUUCAGACGGCGGUUUUGGAACUUAUUUCAGGCUUAACAUCGCCACGAACCUCCACAUUCGUAUUGGAAUUGCAAGCAGUCAUUCGCGGUUUCCAUCUGCUCGGCCAUGGCGGCACAUAAACCAGUGGAAUGGGUUCAGGCCGUGAUAAAUAGAUUCGACGAGCAGCUUCCCGUUAAAAUGGGACAUCAGAACAACCACACCAAAGUCGGCACAGAGCACAACAAGGAAUGUCUCAUCAACAUCUCUAAGUACAAGUUCUCCCUCGUCAUCAGUGGCCUCACGAACGUACUAAAAAAUGUGAACAACAUGCAGAUAUUCGGGGAAGCUGCUGAGAAGAACCUCUACCUCUCCCAGCUGAUUAUCCUGGACACACUGGAGAAGUGCCUGGUGUCGCAAUCGAAGGACUGCCUGCGUCUGGACGAGACCACGCUUGUGAAGCAGCUGCUGCCAGAGAUCUGUCACUUCAUCCACACGUACCGUGAGGGCCACCAGCACGCUGCAGAGCUCCGUGCCUCUGCCUCAGGGGUCCUCUUCUCCCUCAGCUGCAACAACUUCAACGCUGUCUUCAGCCGCAUCUCCACCAGGUUGCAGGAGCUGACAGUCUGCUCAGAAGACACUGUGGAUGUCCAUGAUAUAGAGCUCAUGCAGUACAUCAAUGUGGACUGCUCCAAACUUAAAAGAAUGCUCCAAGUUGUACAGAGGGAGGAGGGUGAUCCUCAGAGGGAAGGACAGGAAGUUGUUGAGGAAGAACCGGUGGCCCCGCCCAAGAAGGAGGCCAAGAAGGAAAGGAAGGCAAAAAGGAAGAGUAGUGGCAAGAAGUCAGGGAAGCAGGGCACCAACAACGAUGCAGUUUCAGGGCGGUCCUCCCCUAUUGCUUCUGGUACCCAGGCCGCUGAACAGAUGGUCAACAUGGUCCAGAAGUGUUUUGAUGAUCAUGCCACUCCAGAGGACCAGAGCUCCACCUCUGAAUUAGUGUCGUGCAUUCCACCUGCAACAGAAGAGGUGAUGACUGUUAUCGCAGACAUGGUGGAUGAAUUGGAAAAAGAAGAUCCGGAAUUGGCUAAGGUGCUUCGAGAAGUGGCUGUAAAAGUUAAAAUGUUGGCAUCUGGCAGUGACCUUGCAGUGGAGCACCUGGAUGCUCAAGACUCUCCUGUUCCAGAGGAGCUGAACAUAAUAUGUACAUCUUGCAAUAAAAUGACGCAAAGUCUUGGCACUCUGUUUGGUGCAAAGUUCAAGACCAAAGCCUCAAAGGCUGUGAGUGAAAUUCUUGUGAGAAGGUUUAGGAGCGGUAUCUCUGGUAUGGUUCAACCUUCUCAUUCGUUUAGUACCACUCCAAGCUUGACGAAUGCAUCUGGCCCAUCUGACAGGAUCCUUGAUUCGGCGGCCACUGGGCUCAUACAGACCAAAGUAGAUUCUGAGGCAUCACAAAUAAUUGAUAACUUUGUUGAAGAUGUCAAGGACAUUGUGCAGCAUGCUGAAUUAGAUCAGCCAACAAGCACCCAGAGAGAUCCCCAAGUAGGACACUGUAUAACAAAGAGGAAACCCUUCCAUGUAGCUCGUAGACUCUGCGACAGGCUUCAGGCAAAGCUGAAUACAUUGUUCCUCACAAUGGGUGGAACUCCAGUCCAAGGGAAAGAACUUAUGGAAAAAGUUGACUCCAGUGAUGUGCUUCUGGAGCACACUGACUCCAGUGAUCUGCCUGUUUCAAUCCUGAGCUUGCCUUCACCAUGUAGGAGUGAAUCUCCUAUAUCAGAAUGCAAUUCAUCUUCUUUAUCUGAUGGACGUGAUUCAACUGGCUCUGUAGAAGAGAAAACACCAGAGCAACCUGAAACCUGUAAGAGCGAGGCAAUACUGCAAGAGGUCAACUCAAUAGGACUUGGUGCUCUCCGUAAAUGCCAAAGUGAGAACUCUCAACCAUUACUGUCUCUCUGUGAUUCAAACCUGGUGCCCUGCACCAAAGAGGUCUUGUCCCAGAUUGUGGACAUCUAUAGAUCAGAUCAGGAAUGCACAUCAUCUGUUGCAGAGAGUUUCUUUUACAACUCCCUUGAAGUCUAUGACUUUUUGGACGGUGUCAUGUCUUACCUAGAAGACAUGCCUGUGUCCGGUUCCUCUGCGUUGGAGGGAUUAAGAGAUCCCAGAAUCUAAAGACCAGACUACUGCUGAAGAUAGCAUGUUGCCCAGCAUAGUGGCACAUGCUGCCACAUCUGGACUCCCAGAGGAUCUUCCCUCCACCUCUCAACAGGAGAAGCCUCACAAAGCUCCCCUUCUAAUCAGGAUGUUUUCUGCCAUCUCCAUAGGCCUAUCCAAGCCAUUCAAACGGUCUUCAACGCAGGCUUAAUACAGCCAUUUCCUUUAAUACAGUAAUAUUUGCAUUGAA